AUGUCACAUAGAGUUUGUGGAAAUUUCCCACUUACUGUUAGUGCAAGAUCAUCCGCAUACGCAAUACCCUUACAGCCACCCCCUUCCAUGCCACAAAGCACGUUCUUUCCUUCUCCCCGCAUACAACCGCAUUUGUCAAUAAAGUACAGAGCCGCAACAAGGUUCUCAAGUUUUAACAUAUUUUUCAUAGAAAUUAAGCUGAAAUAUUUAGAUAUUAAACCUGAAAUCAAGCACUAUACGUUAUUCGUUAUAGCUUUCGAUUUAUCAAAAGAACAAAAACAGAAUUUUGGAGAUGACAUCACCUCACAGUUACGCCUAGCCCGAAAAAAACGAUGGAGUUUGCUAGAAGAAAAGCGCAUAUGUCAUGAAAUCGAAUUACAAAGUUAUUUAAAUAAACUCAUGAAAGAAGAUAUGGAUAGGCUUUUGGAAGGAUUGAAACUUGAUGACAAUGUGACCGAUCAUGAACUAAGAGAGAAGCAGCAGGAAAUCGAGCAGCAGUGCGUAAGUAUUACCUGUUCAUAGUCUUACUUUAACAGUGCAUA